AUGGAGCCCGGUGAUAAUUUGAAGACGAAGGCUACGAUACCUCGGCAUCAACUGCGAGCUCCGGAUGAGUAUAGCGACAGAGAUUCACGAGGCUAUCCGAUAGUGUGGCCGCCGGUAAGCUCUAUACGGAAAUCACUUCUAUUGGCUUCCGAUGAAGAACAGGAACGCAAUAAACUGCAGUAUUGCAAAUUCCUCCUGAUGUACGACGGUCGUCUCCAUUUGGCUCCUAUGAGUGAGAACCCACAAAAUAUUCUUGACCAGGGCACUGGAAAUGGUAUAUGGGCCAUCGACGUGGCCGACAGGUAUCCUUCGUCUCGGAUUAUUGUGGUCAACAUCGCUGCAGUGCAGCGCAACUGCCCGUUUGAAAUUGUAGACGUCGAGUCCGAUUGA